CGCAGCGCGCACGGCGGCGGAAUCUGUGCGACGAACGCGCGCACGUCGGCCGUUUCGAGUCUUCGAGACGUGAACCGAAGACGACGCCCCGCGGGCGGUGUGCCGCGUUGACGUCGAAGCGCUUUGUCGGAGAGAAAAUCAUCUUCUUCACGCGCUUUAACAACCGGGCGGAUCUGCGGCGCGCGCGGACGUGAGAACGCGCGCGCUUCUCCGCGACGGUCGUGAUGACGUACGAUGACGCGCUGGACACGAUGUUCAUCAUCUACGGCGCCUCCCUCGUGUUUUUCAUGCAAGCGGGGUUCUCCUUGCUCGAGGUCGGAAGCGUCUCCAUCCGCAACACGAAGAACAUCCUGUUCAAGAACCUCAUGGACGUCUCGUUCUCCACCGUGUGCUUCUACCUCGUCGGGUACGCGUUUCUCUACGGAGGGAACUCGUCCUUCAUCGGCGGCACCGCGUUCGCGCUGCAGUCCCGCGCGUUCCACGGCAGCGACCGCUCCGACGACGCGGAAGCGCUCCGAGGCGUGAACUACGCCAAGUUCGUGUACGCGUUCGCGUUCGCGGCGACGGCGACCACGAUCGUCUCCGGCGCCGUCGCGGAGAGGUUCCGAUUCAAAGCGUACGCCGUCUACGGCGCGUGCAUCACCGGUUUCAUCUACCCCGUGGUCGCGCACUGGGCGUGGAGCGACGAUGGGUGGGCGUCCGCGAUGAGGUCUAAGUCCAACGGCCUCCUGUUCUCCUCCGGGGUCGUGGACUACGCCGGGAGCGCGGUCGUGCACGUCACCGGCGGCCUCGCGGCGCUUCUCGCGUGCGUCGCUGUCGGCCCGCGCGUCGGGCGGUUCAACGGAAACCACCUCGUGGAGAUGCCGUAUCAGAGUCCGGUGUUCCAGACCCUCGGGACGUACAUCAUGUGGUUCUGCUGGUACGGCUUCAACUGCGUCGCUUCGACGUCGUUAUCCGGCGGUAAGGGGGUCUUAGCGGGGCGGUCCGCGGUGAACACGACCAUCGCCGCCGCGUUUGGCGGCGCGGUGACGAUGCUCAUGGACUCGUACGCGAAGCAUCAGAAGCUCGAACCGCGACGUAUGAACAACGGGAUCCUGUGCGGGCUCGUGUCCAUAUCCGGCAGCGCGGGUCUGAUCGAGCCGCACUACGCGGUGAUCGUCGGGUCGGUCGCCGGGAUCGUGUAUCCGACGGCUUCGAAAAUUUUACUUCACAAGUUCAAGGUGGACGACGUCGUGGACGCCGUGCCCGUGCACCUCGGCGGCGGCGUGUGGGGGCUCCUCGCCGCCUCGCUGUUCACGUCGUCUCGGGCGUACCUCACGAAGUACGACUCGUACGUCGACGACGGCGAGACCCCGUGCGGGUUGUUCAUGGGGUGCGCCAACUCGGGCGCGAUUCUCGGGUCGAAUUUCGUGUUUUUGCUCGCGCAAGUCUCGUGGGUCGUCGUCACGUGCUCGAUCGUGCUGUACGUCAUCAAACGACAGAUCGGUCUGCGGGUGAACCUGGACGACGAAGUCAAAGGCCUGGACCAGUCCCAGCACGGCGGAAGGUCGUACACGGAGUUCCAGACGACGGUGUUUAAGUUCAAGACGGCGAGCGGGGCGGAGCACUCGAUGGAGAUGCGCGUGAGAGCCGGCGACGCCGCGAAGUUUGCGAUGGCGCUGAGCGAAGUCAUGGAGGGCGCCGCGGGGGGCGUCGCGGACGUCGGUCCGGACGACAGCGUCAAAGGUGCGAAAAUAUCGCGGGUGUUCAUCAACAACCAGCCCGUCGAGAGCGAGUCCGAGAGCGACUACGGGAGUUCGCAACACUCGAAAGGAAGCCGCGGCGAGAGCCUGAGGGCGGCGAGCGUGUUCGCGCAGAUGGGGAUUCAACCCGUCCCCACGUCGUCCUCUGCGGGAGCGGGAGGGGACGUCGUCCUGAACAUGCCCCCGUCCGCGCUGAAGCCCGUGCGAGAGGAGUGGAGGUCCUCCCCGGACGAUUCGCCGAGCCGGGACGAGGCCGAGAUGAAGAAGAAGAAGAAGAGGGACAAGAGGUCGGACGGUCGGGGGCGCAACGGCGUCCCGCUCGACCCGUUCGCGGACGCUCAGAACGCGGUGUGACACGCCGCGCGGUCCCGGCGUGUUAUCCGCGACCUUCCAGCAUCCAAACUAUCAACGGCUCCGCAGAUGGGGGCAAGUAGACCUUCCCCCGCAUUUGUCGCUCAGAACGCGGUGUAUUAAGCCGCGCGCGGUCCCGGCGUAUUAUCCGAGACCAUCCUGCAUUGAUGUGUGCGUUGUGUAUACGAUCCAUUCACACCUACUAU